CUUAUCAUUUUACACAGUUCCUGCUCAUUUGUGUGACUCGCAAAUAAGCUUUGGAAUAAGAAAACAUAGCAAACAGACAUUCUGAAUUUGUAUCAAUGACAAGGCAAAUAUCCAAAUCAUAAAACUUCUUGACGAACUCGUUUCAGUUAACCGUUGUUUGGAUUUUCUUUUACAACUGGAUUAACAAAGAUGAAUACGGAUAAUGCAACCGAAAUAUUUGAGAUGGACUCGGAUUCGGAGAUUGAGCAAGAGCCGGAGGUUAACAUUGAGAUGAUAGACGAACCGGAGUAUGCCCAGGAAUUUAUACAAAACUGUGGAGCAGUACUGGAGGGCGAAGACAUGGCCAAAGCUGAAUUUGUGGAGUUUAACAACAAGCCGGACUCACUGUUCUUUAAUGAUGGAACACGAAGAAUUGAUUUUGUGUUGGUCUAUGAAGAUGAGGACAAGAAGGAAUAUGAUAAACGGCACAUGUAUCAGAGACGAAAGCGAAGGAGGGAGUAUUUUGAAGCAAGCUUGAUGAAGAUGGGAUUAGAACUUGAAGCAACACACUCUGUUUUGGAUGAAAAGGUUAUUUUUGUGAAAGUCCACGCCCCUUGGGAGGUCCUGUGCACAUAUGCAGAGGUGCUACACAUCAAACUGCCCAUUCAGCCCAAUGAUAUGAAGUCUAAGGAUUCGCCCUUCAAUUGCUUUACGAAAUACUUUUAUCCCAGCAAGGAGCUGAUCGCACCAGAAACUGAGUACUUUACUGCCCCUUUUGAGAAGGACAGGUUAGAGUACUUCUGCAUUAAGGAUCAGGACACAUUCUUUACCCCAUCCAUGAGAAGUAGAAUUGUAUAUUAUAUCCUCAGCCGUGCCCUUUAUGAGGUGAGGGGCAAAAUCAAGAAAUUUGGCAUCACUAAACUGCUGGGUAGUGUUGUGUACAAGGCUGCCUAUCCACUGCAUGAUUGCAGAUUCAAUGUGAAAUCAGAAGACAAAAAUUGUCCCAACGAAAGGUACCUCUUGUAUAACGAAUGGGCACACCCUAAGAGUUUCUAUAAAAUGCAGCCUUUGGAUCUAAUAAGAAAGUAUUACGGAGAGAAGGUCGGCAUCUAUUUUGCCUGGCUAGGCUUCUACACAAAAAUGCUGGCCUUUGCUGCAGUAGUAGGACUGGGCUGCUUUAUUUAUGGAUACCAAACCAAAGAAGUGAGCACCUGGAGCCAGGAGGUGUGUGAUCCCCAGAUAGGAGGCAAUAUUGUAAUGUGUCCACAGUGUGACAGAGAGUGUGCAUACUGGAGGCUGAACAGCACGUGCGAGUCCUCUAAGAAACUCUGCAUAUUUGAUAACUUUGGGACAUUAGUGUUUGCAAUAUUCAUGGCAGUUUGGGUUACACUUUUCCUGGAGUUCUGGAAGCGAUACCAGGCAGAACUGGAGUAUGAAUGGGACACAACGGAGUUCCUGGAGCAGGAAGAGCACCCUCGGCCUGAGUAUGAAGCAAAGUGUGUUCAUGAAAGACUCAAUCCCAUCACGAAGGUAAAAGAGAUGGUCCCUUAUACAACUUGUGGGAAGUGCAUGAGAGUGACAUGUGGUAUUGGGACGGUCUUUUUCUGGAUCUUAUUGAUUAUUGCCUCAGUAGUUGGAAUUAUAGUGUAUCGUCUUGCGGUGUUCUUCUCUUUCUCUGCAAACUUGAGGAGAGAAAUAAAAGAACUGGAGCCCUUCAAGGAGUAUGUUACUCCCCAGAUGGCCACUUCAGUAACAGCCUCUAUCAUUAGCUUUAUCAUCAUCAUGAUCCUCAACAUUGUCUAUGAGAGAGUGGCAAUCUUGAUCACUGAUUUUGAACUGCCAAGGACGAAGACCGAAUACGAGAAUAGUUUAACCAUGAAGAUGUUUCUUUUCCAAUUUGUCAACUACUACUCCUCCUGCUUCUAUAUUGCCUUUUUCAAAGGCAAGUUUGUUGGUCAUCCUGGGGAUCCAGUGUAUUGGCUCGGGAAGUACAGGAAUGAGGAGUGCGAUCCUGGUGGCUGCCUCCUUGAGCUGACGACUCAGCUGACAAUCAUAAUGGGCGGCAAAGCCAUUUGGAACAAUGUGCAAGAAGUGCUGAUUCCAUGGUUGAAGAAUCUGAUAUCCCGUUACUGCAUGAGUGUAGGAUCAGAAAAAGUCAUCCCACGGUGGGAACAAGACUACCAGCUGCAGCCCAUGGGAAAGCUGGGCUUAUUUUAUGAAUACCUGGAGAUGGUGAUCCAGUUUGGCUUUGUCACCUUGUUUGUGGCCUCCUUCCCUCUGGCACCUCUCUUGGCUCUCCUCAAUAACAUCUUUGAGAUCAGAGUGGAUGCCUGGAAAAUUACUACUCAGUUUCAGCGCGGGGUGCCAGAGAAAACACAAGACAUUGGUGCCUGGCAGCCCAUCCUUCAGGGCAUUGCCAUUCUUGCUGUGGCAACAAAUGCCAUGAUCAUUGCUUUUACAUCUGACAUGAUUCCAAGAUUAGUUUACUACUGGUCUUUCUCUGUGUAUCCAUAUGGGGAUCAUGCUGAAUACACCAUGAGAGGCUAUAUCAACAGCACUCUGUCCAUCUUUAGAAUUGAUGACUUUUCAAAUGCCAGCAAGCCUUUGCCAGAAAAAAAUCCAUACUGGUUUGAUACUGAAAAUAUCACCACUUGUAGAUACCGGGACCUCAGAUAUCCACCUGGACACCCCAGACAAUACGAACACAGCAUUUACUACUGGCAUGUCAUUGCUGCCAAACUGGCUUUCAUUGUAGUUGUGGAGCACGUUGUGUACUUCACAAAGUUUAUCCUGUCCUAUGGUAUUCCUGAUGUGCCUUUAGAAGUAAAAGAGCAGAUCAAACGGGAGAAGUAUUUAACCCAGAAACUACUUCAUGAAGCCAACCUCAAAUUGGUGACCAAACGUUUGAAACCUGUGGCUGAUAACAUUCUAAGAAAUACGGAUGGUGAGUUUAGGCCACCAUUUGUUCCAAGUCAGUGAACAGGAACUGUUGUCUAGAGGACUUUGUCAAGAAGAGAAACACAUUGAGACUCUUGAUUGUUAUUUUUUAAAUGUUGAUAUUAUUGUAACACAUCAAUGAAUAUUAUGUUUUUGGGAAAGCCUUACAAUCUCAACAGAGAACUCACAAUGAGAAUUGCUCAAAGCACUGUAAAAUUGUGGUUAUAUCUUGUAUCUUGUGGAGGACAAGUCUUUUUUUAUAUUAUAGCAGCAAGUGCUAGAUGGCACAUUAAACAAAUAUUAGGCAGCCUCUUCAGGGGUUACACUGUCCAAAGCCACACAAGUAACCUAGUCCUUGAUUAUCAGACCUACAGCUUUCUGGUUUUCUUUCUUUACUGUAUGCUGGUUCAGAGACAACAUACCAGAUCCAGCACAGGAUGGCCAGACCAUGUAAUUCAUGAUGCUGAUAAAGAAAAAAGCAUGUGAAAUGCAUAAAACAGUCACUAGCAAAACUGACUCAAGGGGUACAGUAAGUAUUCUUGAGGUACAGUUUAGUCACACUAUUGUAUAUCCUCAGUGUGAAAACUAGUAGAGAAGAAGUUGAAAGGGAAGUGGCAGAUGUCUGCUCAGAGAGUACUGAAGUCUUUAGAAAUUACCUUAGCUCAUUGUGCAGAAAAAAAAGUUUCAAUUAAAUAGUAAUUAAGGCUCUGUGUGUUAGCUUAUGUGUAGAGGGCAUGAAAAUAUAAAACCUGCCCUAUUUUGAAGGGGUACAUAAAAUGUAAAUGUUAUGUGAAAUGCGUUUGUCAGCCUACCUUAUAUUUUGUAUCUAUGAUCAUAUAUAUAUAUCAUCCAGCAAAUGUAAAGUAAAUUGACAAUUAGUUCAGAAAUUAAUGGGUAAAGGUUCCACAUUUGGAAAGUAAAAAUGUUGUGCUGGCUGUUCCUUUGCAGCUCACACACUCACAGAGCUCACCUUUCUAAAGUCAGGAAGCAUGCAUAGUAAAAUCACAUACUUGGAUUGGAUAUGCCUUGUUUUCGUAAACUGUAGCAUACUUUCCUCUUGAAAUUAAUAUGGGCAGCAUGGAUGAGAAAACAAAAUCCCUCAAACUCCUACAGUAUAAAUAAAAGAAAACCACUCUAUGAGUUGCCACUGUUGCACUUUCAGAUCACCUAGUCUUUAAAUUAUUACCAUCAUGCCUUUGUUUUGGGAAUCGACCACUAUCCCCACCACUAAAGACAUCCUGUGCUCUCUGUGCUUUGACUUUAAUCUUUCACCCUAAGAAGCUGUGAAUAUAAUUGUUUUUUGGGUGUUUUCCUGUAAUGUCACACCUAGCAGAACGAAAAAGCGAUUGUCAUGUCUUGAAACUUUUUCUUGUUAUAAUAGUGUAAAAGUCUUACAGCGUAACAAUACAAUAUUUUUGUUUGUUUAGUUAGGUUUUAUUAAUAUCUGCGUCCAGGUGUAUGUCUUAAAAUGUGAAAAAAUAAGUAUGGUACAGCAGUUCUAUGCCUAGUAUAUACUGCAGGGAAAAAUGGAGAAAUGGAGGAAAAAUUGUGAGGUGAGAACUUUUAGUCUUGACCCUCAGAUAUCAGUGGUAAGACAAAGUUUCAUCUGAUAUUUUACUUUAUUAAACCUUUAUAAGAUUA